CAUGUGACGCACAAACAUGGCGAUGUAUACUUUUGGCGGGAAACACAUUCCUCGUCCAGUAGUCCAGAUCCAGCAUGUGUUAUGUAUGGCAGUGCAUCGACAUCAGUCUACACCAGUCAACAUUAGUCGAUUUGCAUGGUCACAAUACGUAUUUUUCGAACAGUUUUAUAGUGUUACGUGACGAAUAUAUAUGAUAAUACAAAGGAUAUAUAAGAGACAACUGUAUUUCUCUAACCUCAAGAAAUUCUUGCAAGUGGUCUAUGUAAAUCGAUAACAGACAAUAAACCGGAUAUAGUUAUCAUCAAGAUAAUUACCAUAGGUUUGUAUAUAGGUUCAGGAAGACGCUGCUCUAUUUGUAUCAAGAUAAUGGCCUCCCCACGAAAAUUCUACAACAAUCCAUUUACAAUCUGUAUAGAAGGAAAUAUUGGAAGUGGUAAAACAACAUUUUUGAAUCACUUCCAAAACUUUAACAAUGCUACAAUUUUACAAGAACCAGUGGAUUUAUGGCGAAAUGUGGCUGGAGUAAAUUUGCUGGAUCUCUUGUACAAGGACCCAAUAAAUUAUGCCUUUAUAUUUCAAUCGUAUGCUCAAUUAACUAGGCUAAAAUUACACACUAUGAGCACACUGUCGCCCUAUAAAGUUAUGGAAAGAUCCAUAUUUGGUGCAAGAUGCUUUUUAGAAAAUAUGAAACGUACAAAGAUGAUACAAGAUGUAGAGGUGGUAAUUUUAGAAAAAUGGUAUGAUUGGUGUAUGGAAAACACUAAUAUAAGAGCAGACUUAAUAGUAUAUCUAAGAACUACGCCAGAAGUUGUGUAUCAAAGAAUGCAGGCACGUGGACGCAAAGAAGAAGACCCUGUAUCGUUAGAAUAUCUAAGACAAAUCCACGAAAUUCACGAUGACUGGCUCUAUAGGCAAACUUUAUUCUCUUUACCAGCGCCGGUUAUGAUUAUAGAUGGUGACAAAAGUCUCGAGGAAAUGGUGCCACAAUUUGAAAAAUGCAAAGAUCGGAUACUUAAAGAGAAAACUGGCACAUCAAACACUACAAGCUCGAUAAUUCUAAAUACUAAAGCAUAAUAAUAUAAUGCCUUGAACUUGACGAACACAAUUUGAAUAUUGUACUUAUUUAAUAGAUGAUUAUACGUAAUUCUCGUAAUAAUAUGCACGUAAAUUUUUCGCGCAUAUUAUAUUCUGAUAUUUUAAAAAGUAUAUUUAAAAUUCCAGGUUUAAUAUUAUAAUAUUAGUUUUUAUGACUUACCUUCAGAGAUUGAAAUGACACUGUGUUUUGGAAAGGUGGGCUGAUUGUCAUUGACAUCGAUUAUCCGCACGCUCAAUGCAGCCGUGCCGGUUAAUUGUGGAUUCCCUUGGUCGGUUGCGAUGAUAGUUAGCCUAUAUUUUUCACGGACUUCACGAUCUAGGACUAUAUUGGUUCUUACGACUCCACUAUACGGCGGACUUAUGGUGAAAGCAUUAUCCGGAUUACCGUCCACAAUAUGAUAUAAGAUUCUACUGUUCAGACCUUGAUCAGCGUCAUUUGCUGAAAGCUACGGCAGCAAAUAUUGACGAAUGUAAAGAUGUGUAUAUCCAGUUGUAUACAUUUUUAUAUCGGUAUAUUCUAUAUUUUUAUAUCUUUAUUAAUGUACUAUAAAAUAUAUAAAGAAAAUACAAAUAUCCGAUAUUUGAA